ACUUUAUAUUAGUAAAUUAUUAAUUCCGGCCAGCUUAAUGUUUCUAAAUAAUAUUUUAGUGGGCGUUUCUACAUGAUUGAAAAGUUGGUUAAUUCAAAUUAUUAAUGCCACAAAUAAUGUACUGCUUUUAGUUGAUUAAUAAUAUUAAUGUACUUAUAUAAUAUUUUGAUUAUAAUAUAUAUACAGGCAUAAUGUAUAGACAAAACAGAAGUUGGAUGUACCAAAAACAUCGCGAUAACUAUGGAAUACGCAGUGAAUUUUUUAAUGGUGUUGAAGAUUUUAUUAAAUUUGCACAAGAACAGAAGAAUUAUAUGGAUGGCGAUAAAAUCAGAUGUCCAUGUACAAAGUGUAAAAAUCUUCAAUUUAAAGAUGUCGACCAAGUUGUGUGGGAUUUGUACGAAAAAGGUUUCGUUGCCAAUUAUUAUAAUUGGACUUCUCAUGGCGAACCUUUCGAUCCAUCACUUUUACCACAAACAGUAGAUUCAUCUCGUAACGUCCCUACUAAGAUGAGUGGAUGGGGAGACUAUGAUCAAAUGACGUGGGAUCAAAGAAUGGCAUAUGAUGUAUAUGGUGCUUCAACUAUUCAGUUUAACCCACCACAGCCAUUUAACGAUCUUCCCGAAGCUUCGACCUCGUAUCAACCCGAUGCGGAUGAAGAUCCGACCUUUUAUCAGCCUGAUGCGGAUGAGUAUCCGAAUUCUCAUGUUCCUCAUAUUGAAGACUUAGCUGAAAGAUUUCAAGAUGUUUUAAAAGCUGCCGAUCAGCCUCUGUAUGCUGAUUGUGAGGGAUACUCUCAGCUAUCCGCCGUUACAGAGUUGAUGAACAUUAAAUCUGAAUACAGUCUUCCUGAAUCUUGCAUGUCUAGGUUAUUGCAGUCAUUUGGAGGAAUGUUACCGCGUGACCAUAAUCUUCCUGAUUCAUAUUACAAAAUGAAACAAUUAAUGUCUCAGUUGGGGCUUCCUUGUAUAGAAAUUGAUGCAUGCCCAGAAGGAUGUAUGUUGUUCUGGAAGGAUGAUAUGGCACUUGAGAGCUGCAAGUUCUGUGGUGGAGAGAGAUACAAGCCUGUUCCUCAUAGACGAAAAAACCACGAAAAAGGUCUGUAUUGUCUAAAUUGUUUUACCUCCCUCUAGCUCCACGCCUGAAGAGGAUGUAUGCUUCAAAUGCUACUGCGAAACACAUGACGUGGCAUGUUGAGCACGAAACCAAAGAGUGUUUGAUGUCUCACCCUUCCGACUGUGAAGCUUGGAGACACUUUGACCGUUGUCAUCCUCAGUUUGCAAUGGAGCCACAGAAUGUGCGACUAGGAUUGUGUUCAGACGGAUUUGCUGCUUUUGAAAAGUUUGGGAAGAAAUUUUCAUGUUGGCCAGUCAUGCUAACUCCUUAUAAUCUUCCUCCCGACAUGUGCAUGAAAAGUCAUUUCAUCUUUUUAACUUUAAUUUGUCCAGGUCCCUCGGAUCCUAAAAAAAGGAUAGACAUCUAUCUCCAACCCCUGAUCGAGGAGAUGAAAGAACUUUGGGCCAUUGGAACACCAACUUAUGAUGUUUCAAGAGAUCAAAUGUUUAUCAUGAAAGCUGCCAUCAUUUGGACCAUUAGCGACUUCCCUGCUUAUGGUAUGCUUUCAGGAUGGAGCACACACGGUCUUAUGGGAUGUCCGAUAUGUAUGGAGAAAUCAGAUGCCAAUUGGCUCAAAUUUAGCGGGAAACCAAGUUACUUUGAUUGUCACCGCAAGUUUCUGCCUAUGAACCAUCGAUAUCGAAAGGACAAGAAGUCUUUUAUUGCCAGAAGAGUGGUACGAGAUCCCCCUCCUCCAAGACUUACAGGUGAACAAGUUUUUAACCGGGUUCGACGUUUUUCUACGGCCGUGCAGCAACCCUACGGGGUGCCAAAUGGGUAUUGUGAUACCCAUAAGUGGACAAAGAGGAGUAUAUUUUGGGAGUUGCCGUAUUGGAAAGACCUUCUCAUUCGUAACAAUUUAGAUGUCAUGCACGUUGAGAAGAACGUUUUUGACAAUAUAUUUAACACGGUUAUGGAUUUUACCCACAAAACCAAAGAUGGUCUUGCAUCUAGAAAAGACAUGACAAUUUGGUGCGACAGACCCGAACUCGACGUCGAUCUAGAAUAUGUGGGUAAAAAAAUUCCAAGAGCAGUCUACCAACUCACAGCCCCACAAAGGGAAUCAAUAUUAGAGUGACUUGUUUCUCUAAACUUUCCAGAUGGCUAUUGUUCUAACUUGUCAAGAUGCGUGGACCUGGACAAACAAACAAUGACGUCGAGCAUGAAAACUCAUGAUGCUCAUGUAAUCAUGCAACGACUUCUGCCGAUUGCACUGAAAGAGAUGCUUCCUGCAGACGUCUGGGGCUGUAUUACCGAAAUCAGUCAAAUGUUUCAGUCGAUAUGUUCCACCGUUUUGGAUGCCGAAUCCCUGAGGAGACUAGAAGACACUGUUCCUAUUCUGAUGUGUAAUCUGGAAAAGAUAUUGCCCCCAUCAUUUUUUUAUGUAAUGGAACAUCUUCUAAUACAUCUUCCGUAUGACGCUUUGAAUGGAGGGCCCGUCUUCUAUCGUUGGAUGUACAGAUUUGAAAGAAUUGUGGGAGAUUUGAAAAAGAAAGCGACCAACAAGGCACACAUUGAGGCUUCAAUUUGUCAAGCAUAUAUUCAACAAGAAACCUCAACGUUUUCAUCUUUUUAUUUUGAGCGUGAAGUCAUCAGGAAAAGAAAGAGACCUGCUCGGAACGAUGACAUUGGCAAGGAUUCAUAUGAUAAAGUAGUUUCUAUUUUCAACUACCCAGGUAGAGGUAAAGGAGCUGCGACUUACCGUUACAUCGUGGGCGGGGAAAUGAAAAUUGCACAUACUUACAUCCUCAUGAAUUGUCCAGAAAUCUUACCAUUUUAUAAUGAAUUUAGAGCGUCUUUAUUAGCAUUUCCUGAUGAUGCAAUUGAUGCAAUGGUGGACUCUGACUUUGCAUUAUGGUACCAACAGCAGAUCAGGUACCGUGGGAUUAACGACCCUCUGUUAGUAUCAUUAUCGUGGGGCCCUUCUUCCUAUGCAAAGGUUUGGCAUUCAUAUGUGAUAAACGGUUAUACGUAUCACACAGUCGAAUAUAGAGAAGGUCGACCAACAAUGAACAGCGGGUUAUGUGUCCCGACCAUCGGUUCUGAUAUCUCGGAAACCAUUUUUUUUGGUUUCUUGCAUGAGAUUCUCGAACUUCAAAUGCCUUCUGGUUUGCAAGAAUUAACAUGCGUGUUGUUUCACUGCACAUGGGUCAACCCUACACGUGGUGUGAAAAAAAAUUCAAAGUAUAAUAUAAUUGACGUCAACCACUCUCGUGUGUAUCAGAAAAAUGAGCCUUUUAUACUCGCUCAACAAGCAGCCCAGGUUUAUUAUGCAGAGUAUCCUUCAACGAGGCGCACACGGAAUCCUUGGGUGUGUGCCAUUAAUAUCCGUCCGAGCAAAAUUGUAACACAGGCUCAACACAAGGAUAUUGACUUUGAUGCUUUUCAGCAAGAUUUUUUCCAACCUCCGCCUAUUGCUGACACGGUCAACCAUAACAUUCAGUUAAGUGAGCCAAAUGGCGGAGAUGUUGAAGUUAUGCCUGAAACACACCUUCCGCCCCCUAUACCUCAAAAUGAGCGCGAAAUUGAAGAAUUAUAUAUACAACAACUGCACGAUGACCAGGAGGAAGAAGAAGAAUGGAUAUAUGAUGAUGAAGAUACAGAAGAAGAAGUUGGCUAUCAAGAAAAUACUGAUUCUGAUAGCGAUUAAAUGUAUAGUUAACAACCAA